ACACACACCGUGUCUUCCAGAUACAUUUUAUAACUUCCGGAGGAGAAAACAACAAUGGCUCCUUCAGUUCUGCAGAACGGCGGAUUCGUUUUGGGUUUGAUCGGUGCUGCGGCCCUCAUAGCAGCCACUGCUAUGAACACAUGGAGCGUGAAGGACAGGCAGGGGGAGGUGGUGACAUCUAUUUAUACCUUCAAGGGUCUAUGGCAGGACUGUGAGACCACUUCUGCGGGACUCACAGAGUGUCGCCCACUCUAUGGCCUCCUGGGCUUCUCAGGUGCCUUCCAGGCUGUGCGAGCCCUGAUGAUAGUGGGUGUGGUGCUGAGUGUGCUCGGGGCAGUGAUAUCAGUUUUCUCUCUGACCUGCCUCACGAUGACCAGCAUGGAAGACUCCACCAAGGCCAAGAUGAGCCUCACCGCCGGCAUCAUGUUCAGCAUUGCUGGCGUGUGUGGCAUUGCAGGAGCUUCUAUCUACGCCAACCAGAUCGUGUCCAGUUUCAGGAUGUCCACCUACACCAACUAUGGGGGAGGAUAUGGAGGAAACAUGGAGGGAGAGAUGGGGAUGGGUGGAGGAGUGGGUGGAGGAAUGGGUGGAUUGCCAACAUACACAUUUGGCCCUGCGCUGUUUGUGGCUUGGAUCGGAGGGGGCAUCCUGGUUGUUGGUGGCAUCCUGAAGUCACUGGCUUUCAGGGAGAUAGUGAAAGAUGAAAAACAACGUUACCCAGGGGUUGUUUACAAACCCCAGUCCCGCACCAGAAGCGACCCAGGUGAACAUCAUUCGGAGGGCGGCAAGAAAGACCAGAACUAUGUGUAACAGCCUCAGCACUGACAGUUCGUGUGCACUAAGACAUGCUUUUAGCUUUUUGCAUACAGUGUGAUUUGUGAGAUGUUUUUUUUUUUCCCUUUAUGCAUUCAAUACUAUGUUUUUACUAUCUGAUCAUGGGAGUCAGUACUAUCACAUCCUAACAGCAGACCAACAAGUGUACUAAGGAGUUGUGGAAAAAUGAUCAGUAUGCACAUCUCAGUGGUAACUACAUAUUUAUAAAUGCUCAGAUGCUGUAUGUAAUUGAAGGUUUU